AUGGAGGGGAGAUACACUUUCGCGGACGGCCUCGAGUACAGAGAUAAAAACUGGCGUUACUGCGACGGCUACGACAGGCGGUUUUACACAGAAAUCUGCUCCGGUCUUAAACCGGCAGGCAUUUCCCAGCUUAUGAAUUUGGAUCCUCCUAGAAAGAUCCCAGAAGGAUGUUAUGACUGUGGGGAUGGAUUCUAUAAUCCUAAAACCAGAGUUAUCAUUGACUACAAAUUCAGAUUUCUGAGAAAUGCAGAUGACGAUGAGCAUGAAUGGAUCGUUCGGACCUGCCGGAAAGGUUGAGAUAAAAUAACUGGAAAUAAAUCUAAACUAUGAAAACA